AUUAAUUUUAUUUUAUUUGAAAACUACCAUGCUCUGUCGCAUUAGAAAAAUGUUUUUGUAGAGUUGUGAUAUUAAUAUAAAUUAACAACUUUAAUUUAGUCACAAAUGGCUCUGCCGUUCAGAAUUUUUUAUAUAAAUAAUUCAUUUUUUCGAAACAUAACCAAACCGGUGAAAUGGAGUAUCAGGAAACAAUGUCCUGCAAGACAUUUCUGUAACGGCGUACGAUAUCAAAAUACUGCUUUAGAUAAGUACUUGCUAGUGGAGAAACAAUUUCGAUUGCUAGGGGCUCCUCUACGACAAUGUACAACACAAAGUGGCGAUCCAAAGAAUCCGUGUGAACCAGAAAAGAAGCCAGGACUGAUACAAAGGUUUAAGCAAAUGUAUAAAGAUUACUGGUAUGUCCUUCUACCUGUGCACAUGACAACAUCAGCUGUAUGGUUUGGUGGAGCUUAUUACUGUGUAAGAAGUGGAGUAGAUGUUGUAAGCCUAAUGGAAUCGUUGGGUGUGAGUGACAAGCUGCUAGUACCACUGAGAGAGACUGGUGCAGGAUAUUUUGCACUUGCGCUGGCCUGUUACAAGCUGAUCACACCUCUGAGAUAUGCUGUAACUGUUGGUGGAACCACAUAUGCUAUUAACAAGCUGACAGCUAUUGGCUGGAUUAAACCAGUACCAUCAAGGGAAAGAUUAAAGGAAAUGCUUCAAGAAAAGAAAGAAAUGCUGCAAGAAAAGAAAGAUAACUUACAAGACAGAUUUCAAGAAAGUAAACAGCAUUAUCAGACUCAAAUACAAGAAAAGAAGACACAAGUGAUGGAUGAAAUGCGAAGAUAUAGGUGUGAAGUGAAAAAUAUAAAAAAUAAGGCUAAAAAAUAAAUUAAAUAGAAAACCUUUAAAAUAUUUAAAAAAUAUUUCAAAUAUCUAAAUGCCUUCAUAAUUUGCUAUGUCUAAUUUACUUAAUGAAUUGGGGAGUGAAAAAAGUUUUAUACAAUAGUUUUAAAUUAUUUAUUGUUAAAAAGUAUAUAAAUACAAAAGUAUUAUUUAACAAA